AACGACCCUCAGGGAGCAGAGAGAGGACAACCUUUGGCCGGGAGAGGAAACCCUGUCAGACCUCCUGAGUUCAGACAGUUUAUCCUGAAGCUGAUCUAGAUUAACUGAUUAGUGUGUUAAUAGUUGUGUUACUCUCGCUACAGAGUUACUGUAGCUGAAACUUCUCUACGGUGGAGGGUUAAAGCUAACCUAGUCGUUACUGUGUCGGUGUAGCUAAAGGGGGGUUGGCUAGCUGAAAGCUAAAGCUCGCUAUUUACAGCGUUUGCGUUUUUCUAACACCCCCUCAGUCAGUCAGUCAGCUCGUCAGUGUCUCCGCGCUGCUUCAGCUGCUGCUGGUGGUCUGUCAUGGCGAAGUGGGGUGAGGGAGACCCGCGCUGGAUCGUGGAGGAAAGAGCAGAUGCUACUAACGUCAACAACUGGCACUGGACAGAACGUGAUGCCUCAAGCUGGUCACAGGAAGUACUGAAUGAGCUUCUUCUGAGGGUCCGUGUGGAGGGUGAGGAUGGAGUCUGCCAAAUAACAGAUGUCAGCAAGAUUGAAGGAGAGGCAUCCAUUAACAACCGCAAAGGAAAACUGAUCUUCUUCUACGAGUGGGACAUUAAAGCCUCGUGGACUGGAACCUCGAAAAAUGGAAUUAAGUAUAAGGGGAAUAUAGAAAUCCCAAACCUCUCUGAUGAAAAUGACAUGGACGACCUGGAUAUACGUGUUACAGCUUGCAAAGACCAGCCAACUACUCCAUUGACUGACUUCAUGAAAAAGAUGGGGGUAAAGGAAAUUAAGUUGGCCCUAGCAGGCUACGUCUCACACCUGAAAAAAGAAUUCUCCCAGGGUAUGAUACUACCGACUGCAAGUGAAGACAACAAACAGCAUGUACAGAAAAAGAUAAAAGUGGAUAAAAUUCAGCUUGACUCCUCACCCACAACUAAAGCUUCCAGUUCUGGAGUAAAAAUCUCCACUGUCAAGUUCAAAUUGAAAGAGACCUUUUUGACCUCAGCAGAGGAGCUUUACAGAGUCUUUCUCAACCAAGAGAUGGUUCAGGCAUUCACACACCUAGCUGCUGUUGUAGAAGGGGAAAGGGGAGGCAAGUUUCGGCUGAUGGAGGGUAACGUCCACGGAGAGUUUGCUGAGCUGAUCCCAGAUCAGAAGAUUGUCAUGAGAUGGAGAUUUUCAUCUUGGCCUGCAGGACACUAUUCAGUUGUCACACUGAAUUUCACUGACCAGGGCAGUGAGACAGAAUUGAAUCUGGAAGCAAAAGGUGUUCCCACCAAUGAGGAAGAGAGAAUGAAGCAGGGAUGGCAGAGAUACUACUUUGAUGCCAUUAAACAGACAUUUGGUUAUGGAGUCAGAAUCUUUUAAACAGAGUUUUUCUCUACACAAUUUCAACCAACCAGCAAUAGUAAAUCACCUGUAUGUUAUAUCUCCUGUGUGCCUAUCAAACUCUCAUUUGCUCAAGUUGACCAGUGUGUGUGCCUUCUCCUUCCCUCAGUUAGAAAUCUUGUUCCACACAUGUUACAGGGACAGUGUGUGUACAUUGUUUCUGUGUGUGUAAAUACCACAUAUAGAUUAAUGAAAAUAUAUAAAGCUGUAUUUAUAUUGUGGCAACUUUUUUGUCACUUUUAUUUUGUAUGUAAAUAAAAAUAUUACAAACUGUGA